GCUGGAGGCAGCUGCUAGGCCGGUGGUGGUGGCCUUCGCCGUCGGUGGGAAAUGAACAGCAGAAAAUACAGGGCGCCAAGGUGUGCGUUGUUGCGUUGUGCAUGCUGCUCUGGGGGCACCAUUGUGGAAAAGCAUGACAAGGAAUAGAUGACUUCGUGCAUUACCACCAUGAUGGCAAGAGGUGCUGCGACAGUGGGUUCCUUGAACCUGAGCAGGAAUGUGACCACGAGGGCCCCAAGCGCUGUUCCAGAAACUGGUUUGCCUCUGAGACUCUGCAGCGUGCCAUACCCGGGAAGAGGAGGAUGCUUUCACAGGGAUGGGCGGAUGCUGAGCAAAGCACAAGGUCCCCCUCUGGUUCGCAAACGAGCAGCGUUGCUGACGGCGGCGCAGGAUCGUGAUGACAUCGACAUUGUCAAAAUCAAGCGCCUCUCCGAUGGCUCCCAGCUCUUUACCUUCGGCCCCUACGCUCCAGAGCCGGCCCCCUCUCCCACCUUAACCCAGGGCGAGCAGUCACGACCCCAGUCGUCGAGCUUCGCAAAGCGCUCCUCGGUGCCCAAACGCCCCUCCCGAGCAAAGACCGCCGAGUCCAAACCCGUUGAGGAACCCGCCCCCGAGCCCUCUCAACCCCGCCGUCCCUCAUCGACUUUCGUGCGCCGCUCCCCGAUACCACACUCCUCAAAUAGGACGCCAGCUUCAGAAACCCCGGUCGCUGUGUCGCCGACAGUAACUGCUGCACAAGGGGCGAAGAGCAAGCCAAGUGCGGGGGCACCUCUGACGGGAGUGCGCGAGAGAACCGAGGCCCCGGUUCCAACCCAGGACCGGUUGCGCCCCAAAUCUCAGUUCUUGCGGAGGUCGCCGGUCGCCGGGGGUCGGAAGUUGAGGGCUGCAGUCCCGAGCUCCGGCCAGAAAGCGUCCAGCGAUGACGAGCCGAAAGCGUUGAGCCGACUGCCAUCGGCAUUCAGCAAAAAGUCAACCAUCCUCAGGAAACCUCCAAGAAAACUCGAGACUGAGAAAGCAGAGCCGGCAGUGGAUACUGGAAGUCGGUCGAGCCGGCCCCCAUCGUCAUUCCAGAAAGCAUCCCUAGUUGCCGGGCGCCCUGCCCGAAAGGUACCAGAAUCUUUCUUGUCCGAGAAGGAACUUGCAAAAGGAGACGGAGCAGCCCGGCCAAAACGCGCGGCGACUGCGUUCAAGAAAGCAUCGCCAGUUGCCGGGCGCCCCGCCCGGAAGACACCAGAUCCUGCCUCGUCCAAGAAGGACGUUACGAGAGACGUUACGGGAGACGAGAGGGCAGCCAAGCCAAAGCGGGCGGCGACCACCUUCAAGAGAGCGUCGCCAAUCACGGCAAAAGGACGGGGCGCUCGGAAGCCAGGCCCCCGGGUUAUCCAGGAUCUGACGGGGAUUGUAACGAACGGAGUGGCAAAGGCUGCGGUGGCUGUGGAAAGAACGGUAGAGAAGUUGGUCGGGGAUGUCGUUGGGAGCGGAACAGGGGCCUCGGAUCUGGAAGAUGAGGGGGAAUGGGCGAGCGGAGAGUCGGAUUUGCAUAACAUGAAGCUGGGAGAGCUGAGGCAGCUUGCAAAGGAGCGGAAAAUUAAGGGGAUGUGGACACUGAAGAAGGAGGAGCUGAUAGAAGCACUCGAAGUGUCUUUCUCGGAGGAUGUCUAGGCAAGCGUGCAUCCCAAUCUUGACAUGCGAAAGCUUUUUGGGACGACGUAUAUGAGAGCUAUUGUGAUACAAGGAAUACAUCCUUCUGAAAUCGACUUGACUCCUGUCUGAUUUGGAAGGAAGUAAAGCAGAAAAACUAUCAUGCUGGCGCGACACCUUACGACGCCGCGCAGCACCAUGCCAUGUCUACGAACCGGAAUAUUGACGAUGUAUGUACUCUGAGAGACUUUGCCAACC